ACGAACGUCGUGCGACCAAGCAGGACGCCAACUGCGCGUACAGAACAGGGCCAAACCUAGCGACAGUAGCUCAGUGACAGGUGAAAGAGAUUUUCCCCCUGGCCUGACGCGGCUGUGUGGGUGUGUGUGUGACGAGUUUUGGGUGGAAUUGUUUGGUGCCGGAGUCAAGAUAUUACCGGACACCUGAGCUGUUGUAGCUGCUGGGAGUGUGCUUCAAGUGCUUCUCUGUGCGCCGGAGGGAACAACAACAACUUGCUUACUUGAGCACAGAAGCCUGAAGUGGGUUCUUCCAUCAGGCGUGUAGCUAGUGUGCGUGUGUGUGUAUGUGUGUGUUACGAAAUGCGAAUGUGAGCAGAGAAGCCUCCCAAACGUCACACCUCACUUCCGUUAUCACGAGCCCGCUCAUUCACUCCCACCUCUAUGCGUAUUAUUCGUUCGUAGGAAAACCAUUUCCAUUUUAUCUUCUCGAGGCAGAGUUGGUGCGCCAUCACGAGUGCCAAAACACAACCAAUUGCUACCCUUGUCCGAGGUGUGAGAUUGUGGAAAAGCCCUUGAAGGUGCGUGUGUGUGUGUUUUAGUAAAGUGCAAAAAUUUCCCUUCAUUCAGCGAGCCGUGUGAGCUUCCCUUGCUCCCCAGUGCGCGCGUGUCAUGUGAGAGGGUGUAAGAUAGGAGCGUGUGCGUGUGUGUGUGUGUGCGUUCGGAAAAUGCAAUCACAACGUCAAGCGUAACCGCAUCCCUUUCGGGAAGGGGACGAGCAGCGAGCGGAGCAUAUGGAAUGAUGCUGCCAGGAGGAGCCAUAGUAACGCGACGCCUGCCUGUUCGGCUACCAACUGACGGCGUCAAGGCAGUAGCAGGGCCGACCUGUCAAACUCGGAGCGUUUAGUGUCGCCCUUGGAAGCCCCUCCACACCGAUCAAAGUGCAGCAGCAGCCCCCCAAAAUCCGAAUGAUUGGCACCGCCACUGUUUGCACGGAAACGGAAUACUGCUGGACCAUUGUGUAGUGUUUGGAGUCAACCGUAAGGAGGAGCAGCACCAUCAGCAGGUUUAACGUCUCGUAAGUGUAAUCAUCCUGCGGAUUAGGAAAACAACCAUUUUGCCAAAAUGAGGAUGGACGUGUUCCGAUGGCUUCCCGGGGCGUGUGGCAGCCUUGGCCCGGCGCUAAUUCCACCGGCCCACAUCGCGGUGCUGUGGUACUUCUGGCAAAACUAUUCCCGGUUCGUGGACAAACGCUUCUGUUCCUGUUCCUGCUGGGAUACCGUCUUCAAGGGAACGUACGAGUCGGGCAUUGCGUCCUACAAGCACAUGUACUUCAACGCAACGCAAAACACGAUGAAGAUGUGGCUGCUGAUCGUGGUCGGUGUGAUCGCGCUGUACGAGUGCACCAAGCAUCUCGUCCAGCUGCUGCUCCAGUGCAAGGUGCGCUACACGAUGAUUGUGCUGUUUCUGCUGUCCAUCUUCUCGCACUACUACGCCUGGUGGGCGUAUCUGAACUACUACAACGACGAGUACUACCACCAGUGGAACCAUCAGCUCUUCUUUACCAUUACCGAGCUCAUAUCAACCAGUGUCGUGCUGCAUUUGGCGAAUGUGGAGAAUCAAGUGACCGCCCGCAAAACGCUUAGCAUCGUCGGCAUCGCCCUGCUGCACAUUCUCGCGAGCGGUGUCGAUCAGUUCAUAUCAAACGUGUUUCGCGGCGAAGGUUAUCCCCAUCAGGUCGUGCGGGAUCUGGGCUUUAUGAUACCGGACGUGAUGCAUCUGUUGCUGCCGCUGUGGUUGCUGCGGCAAACGCGCCUGGAAAGCUUCAGCACGCGCCCCUUCUACCGGGAUCGAAACCUGCGCCGCGAUGUGGUGCUGAUGUUCUUCUUCGUUACAGUAUUAUUCACCAUCUGUUCGUUCCUCUAGAAGGAGGAGCGCGAUGCACGGCGGGAGGUGUUGUAGACUGAGUGAGAGUUUCUUCCUCUCAUCCCCAUCCACCACCACCACCUCCACCAUCAUUUCAUCUCACCGUGAGCGUGCAUCAGCUUGGAGACACACCCGGACAGAUCGGACGUACGUACACAACACCUACUUAUCAACGAACCACCGUCCUCGAGAUAAGGAAACUUGAAGCCAAAUCAAAAAGCAAACAGUAGUAAUCAACCCUUCCCACUUUACUAUUAAUUUACCCUUUUUUGCUGUCGGUAAACUGCGCAUCGAUUGGAAUCGAUUUUCGAGGAACAAAGGGCAACGGCUUUCUACUCGAUUUUUUGCGAUCACGCACGACAGCCAAGCUCAAUCACAUGCCGGGCUGCCCGUAUUAGUAGGAGUAGUAGCAGUAGAAAGUGUAUGAAAUAGGGAAAAGGUUACAAACACACACAAAAAAUGAGACAGUUUUAACGCAAAACCACGUAACAGGCUUCCAGCAGCAGCAGCAGCAGCAGCAGCAGCGCAAAUAGAUUACAAGGGAACAUAUCCAGCAAUUUAAAGGCGAGCAGCAGCUACACACAACACACACACAAAUCAUCUAGAUCAGAAGAAAAAAUCGUAUCAGCAACCGUACUGCUAGGAGAAGUAGGAAAAAAACGCUAAAACGAACGCAAAUGGUGCAAGCAUUUAUCGGCUUCCCGUUUGCAGCAAAGUCUGAUUUUUAUCAUCACUAUACUGUUGGAGCUUUUUAAAUUAACCUGUUGGUGGUGGUGUUGGUGGUGAUGCUGUUGCCAUAUCAAAGAGUGUGUGUGUGUGUGUGUGUGUUUGCCUCUCAGCUCCAUUUUGUCAGUUGCGUUUGGACGUGGCAAGCCACCAACAAGGCUGUUUUGUCGUGCGAAUUGCAUACUUUUAGGCGUGGUUUUGUCAAUUCUGACUGUCUGACAGUGGCAUUGUACGUUUUAGAACACAAACCUGCUCCGUUUGUUGCGUAUCACGGACAGAUCGUACACCACACGAUCAAGUGAUCACAAGGGAUAGUGGCGAAAGCAUGCGUGUAGUGGAAUAGGAAAGAAGGUGGCUAAAACAGUAGCAUCGGACGGAGAGAAUCGUACUUCUAGAAUGUAGACAAUAAAAUACAAGAUUUAUAAGUAUGUAAGCAAAAACCAAAAAACAAGGGCAAACCCGUUAGGACAAAAACAAACAAACACACACAGUAACGCGCCUACAUUUAAUCGCAGUUAAAAAAAAGGAAGAUAAAAAUGGAAGGAAAAAUAGGAAAAAUAAUUAAAUAAUAUAACAAAAGAAGAAGGAAGGAAGGAAGGAAGAGGAAAGUAAAACCAAACCCACUUAGAAUAGCCCACGUGAACAAACAAACAAAAAACCCGUAUUAUACAAACAGUUGUAUAAAAAGAAAGUCAGUAUAUAUAUAUUAAACAAAUAUUAUUUAUACACACACAAACACACACGCGGUUCAUGGAGUUUAGGAUAAGUUAAGUUAAGUUACGCGCAGUUAUCGUAGUCAUAGAGUGAUUAAAACAAAAACCGGAAAUACUUAAAAAGUAACGGAACGAAAAGGGAACGUGUAUGUGUGUGUGGGUGUGUGUUAUGAAUUAGUAGUAGCGGUAGAUUCAAUCGUAAGAGAAAUAAGACGUAAAAGAAGCGGGGUGGGUAAUAAGGGCGGGUUGGUUGGUGAAUGAAAAGAUACUUCCAAAAUGACCACAAAUCCCCGGACUCGACCAGGCCCCGCCCCAGAAUGGUUUGUUAGGGAUGACAGGCCCAAACCCUCCCCCCAAACCCGAAGUGAUCGUUAACGUACUUCCUUGCUAGCGCAUAGUGCUGGUUCAUCCCCCCCCCACCCCCUCCCCCAAAACCAGUUUUUUAGUGUACCAUAGAGUGCGUAGAUUCAUACAUAUUAUAUACAGCAUACACAUAUAAAAGGCAGCAUAAAAAGCGUUCGACACACACACACACAUACCAAGGCCCUUUAUUACUUGAGGAAGGCAAUGGAAAGAAGGAGAGAGAGACAUGGGUAUGAGCCGUUUGAGUAGUACGUAGGCAAGAAAGUGAAGGGACGGAGCGGAUGUGUGUAGUAGCUGUUUUUCCAUUUGUUUUUUGUUGUUGGAUAGCGGAUAAGGGUAUAGCGAUAAGCAGAAACGGUAGAAGUUGUUAAGGGGGGAAAACACGUUUGUGUGCGAUUCGUCGGUAGGUUUAAAUCUGUUUUAUUUGGUGAUUCCUGAACCUAACGACAAGAAAAAAACGAACAAGUAACAAGCGCCACUAAUUAUUCAGUUUCAUUCUAAUCCAAACGCGGUAGUGAGAAAGUAGUUUGCGAACACACAAAUAGAAUGAAAGCCCAACAGCCAUUGUAGAGAGCAGGAAUGUCCAGCCGGAUGAUUUGUUUGUAAGUGAAUGAAUGAAACCUUCCAAAACUUGCCGCGAGUUUGUUCCACAACACACAAUCUCAAUCUCACACAAUAAAUAAGGUUUUAUUUUUGACUGAACAAAACGGCAGUUGAAUGAAA